AUGGUUGGAUUCCAGUGUUCGAAUGGGUUCGUUACCUUUCCUCCUUGCGUUGACGCUCCCGCCGGACAUGGCGACCUCGGUGGCCAAUACUCCAACCUCGCUCCAAGUUCGGUCGUCAUCGCCAUGUCCACGCAGUCGACCGUCGAAGCCACAACGAGCACGAACAACGUCUGGCGUGGAGAAAGACAAAGGGUUCAACUUGCAGGGCUAUUCUCUGUCAUUGUGGGACCAAAUGUUGCGACGAUCCUGCUCGUGGGCUGGUUAGCGGACGCAUGGGACCGACCAGGGCUGAAGGGCAGGCAGCAUGCAUCUGCCUCGAAGCAUUCGAAGCUGAAGAAUUGGAUAUCGCAGACAGAGGGAUGGAAGGAGAUACUGCAGGUUGUGACUGCACAUCCUUUUUACAUGUACCUUAGCUCCUCGCCACUUUUGCUGCACGUGAUUUGCGGUGGUCUGGCCAGCCAUCGUGAUGAGCGCGCGUUUGAAAUAUCAUCGUUCGGUCACGGUCCGGAACGAGCCGCACGUGCCAAGAAUAUUGCGGACUUCCCGUCUUUCACGGCGCAUCUCAUCAGAAGAUGCAACUCCCGAUGA